UUUUUGACAGUAGACGUUCAUGUAUGACAUUGCAUAGACGUAAUAUUUUAAAAAUUUGAUUUUUAUUGUUCGAUCGUAAACUUUUAUUGAUAAUUAUAAUUUUUACAACAAUGAGUAAAGUACCAACAGUCAAAUUAAACAAUGGUGUUGAAAUGCCUGUGUUAGGUUUGGGAACGUAUAAGUCACAGCCGAAUGCAGUUACCAAAGCAGUAGAAGAUGCUAUUGAUGCAGGAUAUCGACAUUUUGAUUGUGCUUUCUUUUAUGAUAAUGAAAAGGAAGUAGGUGAUGGAAUACAAACUAAAAUAAAGGAAGGAGUUGUUCAACGAAAGGAUCUGUUCAUCUGUUCAAAGUUAUGGAACAAUACACAUUCACAACAGUCAGUAGUUCCCGCAUGCAGAAAGUCAUUAGAAUUAUUACAAACAGACUACUUGGAUUUAUAUUUAGUUCAUUGGCCUGUUGGAUUCAAAGAAGGCGAUGAAUUAACACCUAAAACAGAAGACGGCAAAGUUGCCACAUCUGAUAUUGAUUAUAUAGAGACAUGGCGUGGAAUGGAAGAAUGUGCUCGUUUGGGUCUGGCUCGAGCCAUUGGUGUGUCCAAUUUUAAUCAUGAACAGCUAGAAAGAAUUUUAUCAGUAGCUGAAAUUAAGCCAACAGUAAAUCAAGUAGAAUGUAAUCCAAAUAUUAAUCAAAAGAAAUUGAUUCAGUAUUGUAAGGAACAUGACAUUGUCGUAACUGCAUAUUGUCCUUUGGGUAAAGCUGCUGAAGCGAGAACUAAACCAGGUGCACCAGUAGCAUCAAUGGAAGAACCAGGUGUCAUUGAAAUUGCAGCCAAGUACAAGAAAACUCCUGCUCAAGUUGUAUUGAGGUAUUUGAUUCAGCAUGGAGUAGUUGUAAUUCCAAAAUCAAUAACAAAAUCACGUAUUAUUGAAAACAUUGAUUGUUUUGAUUUUACAUUGGAUCAAAAGGAAAUGGAUUAUUUCGAUACUUUAAAUAAAAAUAUUCGACUUGCUACAUUCAAGGACUGUAAAGAUCAUAAAUAUUUUCCAUUUAAUCUAGAAUAUUGAUCUUAUUGUGUUUAAAUAAAGGAUUUUUCUAAUAAA